AUGGAUUCCAAUGCGGCAUUGCCCUUCAUCAUUAUGACCAUUGUGUUCAAGCCAUAUCAAAGGGGGGUUUACUGUGACGAUGAGAGCAUCAUGUACCCGCUAAAACCAGACACCAUCACCCACGGCAUGCUGGCAGCGGUCACCAUCUCCUGCACUGUCAUCAUUAUCUCCUCUGGUGAGGCUUAUUUGGUCUAUAGCAAGAGGAUUUACUCUAAUUCAGACUUCAACCAGUAUGUUGCUGCACUCUACAAGGUAGUGGGUACCUUUUUGUUUGGAGCAGCUGUCAGCCAGUCACUGACCGAACUUGCAAAGUUCACCAUUGGCCGCCCGAGACCUAACUUCAUGGCCGUAUGUGCCCCCAAGGUGUGCACGGGAUACAUGCAGGUGAUCAACUGCACUGGCAGGCCUGAGGCUGUCACAGAGUCCAGAUUGUCCUUCUACUCUGGUCACUCCUCUUUUGGAAUGUACUGCAUGCUUUUUCUAGCGCUUUACGUGCAGGCGAGACUGGUGGCUAAGUGGGCCAGACUUCUUCGGCCCACCAUCCAGUUCUUCCUGGUGGCCUUCGCGGUGUAUGUGGGUUACACCCGAGUCUCUGAUUACAAGCACCACUGGAGCGACGUGCUGGUGGGGCUGCUGCAGGGAGCGCUCAUUGCUGUACUCAAUGUGCGCUUUGUAUCAGACUUCUUUAAGAAGCGUCCUCAACGUUGCACUAGGGCGGACACUGCUGACAGCGAAGAGCCAGAGAGGAAACCCAGCCUUCAGCUUGCAGACUCCGAGCACAGCAACCAUUACAAUUAUCACAACAACCCUGGCCCUGUGUGAUAGGGGCUGAAGCUGGGGAGCAAAGGCUGCAGCCUGCAGACCCCAAACCUGUGUGAUAAGGUUCAACCCAGGUGUUGGACCUUGAUCGUGCAGUCAGCGGUGUUUAGUUCAGGGAAUAGCCUGUGUCACCUGCAGUCAUGUAGGCUGCCUGCUGCAGACUCUUGAUGCUAGGCGAGGUGAUAUUCUAUACUGUGUGAGAAGUCCUGUGCAUGUGAGAUGUUAAAUAUUAGAGUAUCUAUAUGAGUUCUGCAACCAAUUCUGUUUGAAAGCAGUAAAAUUAGGGAUGUGGUCUGUAGCUUGCAGCCUCGAAGCCCCUAGCACCGUCUGUGUCAACCACUCACACCCCACCUGCUUCCCAACCACUGGACUGACUGAGGGGGCUGCAUCCCAUAGCCAGAUGUCUGAGUCCCUUCUCAAAGACACCAUGAUGACCUCCUGUGCUCCUGUAAGAGAGAGAGGAGCAUAUUGUUUUUAAGACAUCAUUGUUGAUGUUGAAGUGUAUAUGCUUAAAGCUACAUUAAGCGAAAAGACUCCAAAGCCACAGCAACAAAGCUACGAUAUACGAUUGCCUUAUUAAGUGCUAAUGUCUAAUGUGUCAGCAAACACGCAACAUAAUAACACCUAGCUGAAAGAGAGCAACGUUGUUGUUGUCAAU